AGCGACGUGAGCGAGUGCCGCGAGCCCGCCUGGCGAUCGCCCAGCUCUCUGGAGGCAGACGCCCUUCCACCGGGACAGUUGGAGGACAGGUUGCUUGGAUGCUCCCCCGCCGCCAUCGGCUCGGUUGAGGCGUCCGGAGAGCGCGAAAAACACUGUUUUCGGAGAAGUGUGUGCGCGGGCGUGGUGCAUGAUGACCGUGGAGGUGUGUGGGCGGGUGGCGGUGCCCAGCGUCUCUCCGGGGGGCUCGAGCAACAGCGAGGGCGGUGCGGGGGUCGACGACGCCCAGAAUGACAGGGGCGUUCCAGCCUCGCCCGCCCGCGACACGACCGCCGACCCGCCCGUGCACAGACCCAAGUUCAUGAUCACAGACAUCCUUGCCCAGCGAGGGCCGCCCACGCCCACAGAAGACCAAGGCGAGGGGGGAGGCGCAUCGGCUACGCCCACAGACUCCCUAAAGCGCCUCAAUGUCCUGGGAGGCCAAGACGACGACCAGAUGGUGGACGACGGAGGCCACCCGGACGACGACGACAGCAACGACGCAGGACCCGCCGUCAAGAAGCAGCGGAAGGCGCGGACGGCGUUCACGGACCACCAGCUGCAGACGCUGGAGAAGAGCUUCGAGCGGCAGAAGUACCUGAGCGUGCAGGACCGCAUGGAGCUGGCGGCCAAGCUCAACCUCACCGACACGCAGGUCAAGACGUGGUACCAGAACAGAAGGACGAAGUGGAAGCGCCAGACGGCCGUGGGGCUCGAGCUGCUGGCCGAAGCAGGCAACUACGCCGCCCUCCAGAGGCUCUACGGCCCCGCGUACGGGUGGCCGUACCCGCCCCAGCCGUCCUCAGCCGCCGCCGCCGCCGCUGCCGCCGCCGCUCUCAGCCCCGCCGCCGCCUCCGUGGACCUGUAUUACCGCCAAGCCGCCGCCGCCGCCGCCCUCCAGAAGCCCUUGGCCUACCGCCUGUACCCGCCCGGCCUGCCCAUCCUGCCGCCCGUGCCCGCCUCGGACCCCCUGCGCGACGCCCUCAGACCCGAGGCGCUCAGACCGGAAGCCAUCAGACCCGAACUGCUGAGACAGGAGGCGCUGAGACUCGACCGGCCAGAGCUGCUCAAGGCAGAGGGAGGCAAGUUCGACGCCGGCCGCCUCCUGCCGACGGACGUGCGCUUGCUGUCACCGUCGGGGGGCAGGGACCCCGACGACGAAGGCGUGUCCCUGGGGGAGGCGGGGAGGGUCAGCCUCUUGCGUCCCUCGGUGACCCCCUCGCCCCCCCACUGCCCCUCGCCCACAGACCUCCGAGUGAGGGUGUCCCCGGGCCCCCACAGCGACUCCCACAAAGCUCCGCACUAAACCCUCGUAGUGUGAAGCGUGAGGAGGGGAGGGCGAGCGCCUCUCACCAUAUGUAUAAAAAACAACUUUAUGUACCCAUAUGUACAAAGGUAGACCGUUACUAGAAUAGCUAAACACAACUC